AUGGAGGCGCCGCCCGCCGGCCGCGUCCCCGCCGACGGCUCCCCGUCGGCGGCCGUGGCCGAGGUGCGCUGCCCGGGCCCCGGGCCGCUGCGCCUGCUCGAGUGGAGGGUGGCGGCGGGCGCGGCCGUGCGCAUCGGCUCGGUGCUGGCCGUGUGCGAGGCCGCCGCCUCCGCGCAGCCCGCCGGGCCCGCUCCUGCCCGCGCCGAGCGCAGGCUGAGGUCGGAGCGCGCCGGAGUGGUGCGGGAGCUGUGCGCCCAGCCGGGCCAGGUGCUGGCCCCCGGGGCCGUGCUGGCGCGCCUGGAGGGAUGCAGCCACCCGGUGGUGAUGAAGGGCCUGUGCGCCGAGUGUGGCCAGGACCUGACCCAGCUGCAGAGCAAGAACGGGAAGCAGCAGGCCCCGCUGUCCACGGCCACUGUGUCCAUGGUGCACAGCGUCCCUGAGCUGAUGGUGAGCUGUGAGCAAGCCGAGCUCCUGGGGCGGGAGGACCAGCAGCGGCUGCACCGGGACCGGAAGCUGGUGCUCAUGGUGGACCUGGACCAGACCCUGAUCCACACCACGGAGCAGCACUGCCCACAGAUGUCCAACAGGGGCAUCUUCCACUUCCAGCUAGGCCGGGGUGAGCCUAUGCUGCACACCCGCCUGCGGCCGCACUGCAAGGGCUUCCUGGAACGGGUGGCCCGGCUGUACGAGCUGCAUGUCUUCACCUUCGGCAGCCGGCUGUACGCACACACCAUCGCAGGCUUUCUGGAUCCUGAGAAGAAGCUUUUCUCUCACCGGAUCUUAUCGAGGGACGAAUGUAUCGACCCGUUUUCUAAGACGGGGAACCUCAGGAACCUCUUUCCCUGCGGGGACUCCAUGGUGUGCAUCAUUGACGACCGGGAGGAUGUCUGGAAGUUCGCUCCCAACCUGAUCACCGUGAAGAAGUACGUGUACUUCCAGGGUGUCGGCGACAUCCAUGCGCCGCCCGGGCCGCGCGGGCCCCCUGCCAGGAGGAGAGUGAAUCAUCCCGCUAAGGCAGCCGACGCCACGGAGCCAGCCGCGUCCCCCAAGGGCCCCGAGGAAGGACGGCAGGCGGCUGCGGCCGAGCAGAGUAACGGCCUGGAGAAGCCCCCGCGGGACUGGCCUGCUCAGGCCGAGGAACGGGGCGCCCGGCCUGGCGUCCGGGCCCCAGUGGUCGACGGCCGGGGGCCACCGGGGUGCGCGCAGCAGCACGGGCGGACACUCGCAGAGGAGCGGCCGGCCCAGGCCGGGCAGGGCAGCGACCUGCACUUUGACUUGUCCAGCGACAGCGAGAGCGGCAGCGAGUCCGAGGGGCAGUCCUCCACCGCCUCCGACGCCGAGAGCGCGGAAAGGAGGGCCCGGAGGCGGCCCCACGCCGCCAGAGAGCCGGGCGGCGAGCGGCCAGGGGUGAAUCACUGCGGGGAGGACGGGCAGGACGAGCGGGACGGCCUCUGCGGGCUGGCGGGCGGCUGUGCUGACCGGAAGGAGGCGGAGACCGAGUCCCAGAACAGCGAGCAGUCGGGCGUGACGGGCGGCGAGUCCCUGGACCAGAGCGUGGAGGAGGAGGAGGAGGAGGAGGACGCGGACGCGGACGACCACCUGGUGCACCUGGAGGGCAUCCUGGCCCGCGUGCACGCGGCCUACUAUGCCCGCUACGACCGCCACCUCGGCGGGGACCUCCCGGAGGCCCCCGACAUCCGCAAGAUCGUGCCCGAGCUCAAGAGCAAGGUGCUGGCCGACGUGGCCAUCGUCUUCAGCGGGCUGCACCCCACCAGCUUCCCCGUGGAGAAGACGCGGGAGUAUUACCACGCCACGGCGCUGGGCGCGCGCAUCCUCACGCAGCUGGUGCUGGACCCUGACGCCCCCGACAGGCCCACCCACCUGGUGGCCGCCCGGGCCGGCACGGAGAAGGUGCGGCAGGCCCAGGAGAGCGGCCGGCUGCAUGUGGUCAGCCCUGACUGGCUGUGGAGCUGCCUGGAGCGCUGGGACAAGGUGGAGGAGCGGCUGUUCCCGCUCCGGGACGAUGGCGGCCGCCCACAAAGGGAGGACGGCCCGGCAGCCUUUCCCGACCGGCAGGGCGCUCUCCCGCCUGCCUUGUUCCACCCCACGCCCGUCCACCCCCGGGUCCCUCCUGGCCCUGACGUCAGGAUCUACGACGCCAACACGGGCAAGCUGAUCCGGAAGGGGGCCCCAGGCCCCGGGCCCCCCGGAGCCCUGCCCAGCCACGGGGAGCACUCCUCGUUCAGAGCCGUGCAGCCCCCGCAGCAGCAGCAGCAGCAGAUGUUCGCGGAGGAGCUGCCCGACGGCCGGGACGGGGAGCAGCCCGGGCCCUGCCGGCGGAAGCGCCAGCCCAGCCUGUCGGAGACCAUGCCGCUGUACACGCUGUGCCGCGAGGAGCUGGAGAGCAUGGACCGCGAGGUGGACGACAUCCUCGGGGAAGGCAGCGAUGACAGCGACAGCGAGAAGAAGCCACCCGAGGAGUCGCAGGAGGGGGGCCCGCAGCGCAGGGAGCCAGGCCACAGGCGCCCCGGGGGGGCCCCACUGCGCAGGAGCUCAGCCAGUGGGCGCGGCACUGGGGAAGGCCGCGCGCCCAGAGGCCACAAGAGGAAGCUGAGCGAGGAGGACGCCGCCAGCGCGUCCAGCGGGGAGUCCAGCUGCGGGGACGAGGAGGGCAGCAGCUCGGAGGCGGACGAGAUGGCCGCGGCCCUGGAGGCAGAGCUCAGCGACCUCAUGUGACGCGGCGGCCUCGCCGGCCCCUGCUCUCGCUCCCGAGGACGGGUGUGUUUUGUGGAGCCCACACCGAGACGCGCUAUUUUGCAGAAAUAGGUGUUUUUAAGCAACCUCGCCCAGGGAGCCGCUCCGGUGACGGUGUUCGGAGGCUGUGCCACCCACGCCAGCGGGCCGCGCGGGGCCGUCCUCAGGGACCACGGCCAGCGGCGGAGGCUGUGGAGGGCCUGUGUGGGCACCCCUGAGGCAGCAGCACAUCCCGCCUCAUGGCCACCGCCCGCCGAGCCCGGCUCCCGCGCGGCCUGGACGCCGCAGGCCAGACGGCCCCACGCUGGAGGCUCCUGAGGGCAGAUGUAAAGUUUUGUAUGUCUAUUUCCUACUUGACUGCCAGAGUUCGCCCAUUUAAUAAAGGCCUUUUUGU